AUGCCGCCGACUCUACAAUUCCAUCCCCCUUUGGUCAAUUCGGCCUGCCCAUGGGCGACAGACCUGGCAUGUCUGAAGGCCCUCCUGGAAUCCCCCUCAACGGGGGCCGUGACAACGAGAACGUCGCUGCUCGCCGGAUUCGACCACCAGCCACAGCAGCACCGCUUCACCUUCUUCGACCCCGGCGCCUCCAACACCCCAGACGGAGACACAUAUUCCUUCCCAGAUGAGCCAGGACGGUCCCCCACGGCGAGCACCGUCGGCCCCUCCAAGGCAGCCCACACUGCCUCCCUCAACACCCUGGGCUACUCCCCCAUCCCCCUCCAAGGCUACCUGGACAUGAUCCGCCAGCUCGCGUCCGAUGACUCCCCCUCCACGCGCCCCCCCAAGACCUUCAUCGUCAGCGUCACCGGCUCCCCAGACGACAUCGCAGCCUGCUACGCCGCCGUGUCCGCCCUCGCGCCCCAGGUGCGGUUCCCCCUCGCCCUCGAGGUCAACCUCAGCUGCCCCAACAUCCCCGGCCGGCCCCCUCCCGCCUACGACCCGGCCUCCCUGCGCACCUACCUGGCCGCCCUGCCAGGCGACCCCGCCAUCCCCGUCGGGGUCAAGACGCCGCCCUACACCCACGCGGGGCAGUACCAGGCCCUGCUGGGCACGCUCGAGGGGGCGGGGGCUGGCGCCAAGCUGAGCUUCAUCACGGCGACCAACACCCUCGGGUCCUGCCUCGUGAUGACGACGGAGGGGCCAGCGUUGCCCCUUGGGGACAGCGGAGGCAUCGGCGGGAUGGCGGGCCCGCCGCUGCACCCUCUGGCGCUGGGCAACGUAGCGACGAUCCGGAAGAUGCUGGACGAGGGGGACGGCAGCCUGCGCCAUAUUGCCAUUGUGGGCGUGGGCGGCGUCAGCGAUGGGGGCGGGUACAGGCGCAUGAGGGCCGUCGGUGCCUCCAUGGUGGGCGUGGGGACUGGGCUUGGAAGCGAGGGUGUCGACGUGUUUGCCAAGAUUGAGAGGGAUAUUGGAUCAAAAUGGUGA